AUGAUUAAUUUAAUCAGGAUUACUCUCUUAUUUUGGCUUGUAUAAGCAUAAUAUAAAUUAAUACUUUAAGGACCAAACUCAAAAAAGAUGAACUGUAAAGCUAUUGACAAAGGUUUAACUAUUAUUAUUACUACUAGAUUUAAAUGGCUUUACAGGAUAACAAUAUUUUUAUGAAAAACUCUCCAAUUAUGGUUAAUAUACUAACUUAGAUAAAGUUACUUUUCGACUUUGGUUUAUGGUCUAUUCUAAAAUGAGAAUGCCAGGAAAAUAAAUUUUAUUUGCAUUUUUAGAUGGUUAUGAUAGUGAUUCUGUAAGGAAAUUCAUAUAUUUUAGUAUAUAAACCUGUUGGUAUACUAUAAGUUGGAAUAAUCAAAAUAUUAAUUAUAUGUGUUAAAUGAGAAAAUGAAUCCAGAGUUGAUGAACUUAUAGAUAGAGGAGUAAAUAUAAUUACUAUUUUAGAGAAAACAAUUUUUUUAUUGGGUAUUGGAAUUUUCUUUUAAUCUCUAUUGAUUAAACUAGUGGAGACACAUUUUUAAAUUUGAAAUUAUUUAGUACAUACAAUUAUUAACUGCUUCAAGUGUAGGAUGCUUUGCCAUCAUAGAAGUAAAAAAAUACACAUAAAUUAUAGAUUAAGAUUUAAAUUUGGUACUCACUCUCGAAUUACAAAUGAAUAAUUAUUUGAAAAGAUUGAUGAUUAUAAAGGAUGUGUGUAUAUCGCAAAUUUUGAAUAUCUAAAUGGAUGGGCUACAAUGGACAGAUAAAUAUAUUUUUAAGAUCAAAUAGAUUUAAAGUACUCUUUGAAACCCUAUUAAAACAUAGGAUUAAAUGUCGACUAAUAAUUUUAAAAAGUAAAAUUAAGAAGUGAAAAGAACAUAGAAUAUAGUGGAAAUAUAGGUCUAAAUAUAUAUAGGGAUAGUAGAAUUCUUUAUGAUUUUGAUGAAAAGACAGAUUUAACUAUUAUAUUUUGGAUGAAACCUUAGUCAAUUAUCUCUAUUUUUUAAAUAAUUUCAUUUACUGAUGAAUAUGUAAAAUAGAUAAGUUUAGGAUUUGGUAUUAAUUAAGAUUAUCAAUUAUUGAUGUUUUAGAAUAAAAAUUAAAUUUAAACAGGCAUUUUAAAUCCUAAUUAAUGGUAACAUAUUACAGUAGAAAUGUUAGAAAUAUCAAGAGAUUAGUAUUUUAAGGUAACAAAUGCUGUGAAAAUGGUGAAUAUAUAUAUUGAUGCUUAAUAAGUAUAUUUGUAGUAAAUUUAAGGUUUUAAAUAAUUUAAAAGAUUAUUAAUAGGUUCUUUAAAAUUAUAAAAUAAAGGUUAAGAGGUUAUUGAUAUUUAAGAUAUUAAGAUUUUUAAUGGAUAUGGAAUCUAAGAAUCAAAAGGAGAUUGUCAAUUAUUUGUUGGACUUUAUUGUGCAUAUUGCAAAGCUUUAACACAUUAUUGUAAAGAAUAGGAUCCAUUAGAUGAUGUAAAUGUUUAUGAUUGUCCAGCAGGAUAUAAAUUAGAAAAUGGAAUUUGUAAACCAAAUACAAUAGCUAAUUGUUUAAGAUAAAAAGGAGGAGCUUGUAUUGAAUGUGAAUAAAAUACUAUUCUUUAUUAAGGAAUAUGUUAAACAUAAAUUAAUUAAAAUAGAGUAACACUUUAUCCCUGUACUGGAACAGGAGUAGUUUUAUGUUAGAUUACGAAUGUGAUAAAAAAAUCAGAAAAAACAUUAUUAUAAAAAGCUAAAUUAUGUAGUUCUAAUUUAUACAAUAGUAAAUAUGAAUGUGCAGGUAAUUAAGUAUAAGGAUGCAAAUAUUCAUAAUAUUAAGGAUUUUGUUAAUAGUGUAAAGAAUCAUAUUAUAUGACAGAAUUAAAAACUUGUGUAUAAACAUGUUUCAAAAAUAAAAUUGAUAGAUUUGCAUAUAUAAAUAAAUGUGUUAAAGAAUGUCCAUAUAAAUAUACUUUUACUCAUCCAUGUCCAACAUAUGGAGGAUAAGAACCUAUAUUGGGAUGUUCUCUUACUCCUAAUUGUUAAUUAGAUGAAAUAGAUCUUGGAUAUACUUGUCUAUCUGGCAGUUAAAAAGAGAUAGGUAAAUCAGUAGGUUGCAGACCAAUAUUAGUUGAAUCCUAUGCUCCUAAUUAAGAAUUAAGAUGCCAUCAUUCAUGUAAAUAUUGUUUUGGAACAACUGAUAGACAAUGUUUAGGCUGUUAUGAAGAAAUAUAUUUUACUCCUUAUCUUGGAAUGUGUUUGUUAAAUUGUUCAGAUGAAAAAGAAAAUUUAUUUAUUUACCAUAAUUAAUAUAUUUGGAAAUGUGAACUCAAAUGUCCAUCUAAUUUAUUAACCCAAGAUGACUAAUGUGUAGAAUAAUGCAUUAAUGGAUAUUAAGCUCUUGAUGGUAUAUGUAUAAGUGUUAGUACAAUACAUGAAUAUUAUUUAUCAACUGAAAUUAUUGAAAUAAAUGGAAUUACUUCUUAUAAAUAUACAUAUAAAUACUGUCCUGUAUUAUGCAAGACUUGUGAGAAUGAUUCAAAAUGCAAUAGUUGUAUUAACAAAUAUCCUUUUGAAAAUGAUAUUUGUAAAUUCACUUGUUUUCCAAGAUAUUUGCUAAUAGCAAAUCCUCUUAAUUCAUGUAAAGAUUAAUGUGACCCAGGAGAACUUAUCUUUUGGAAUGAUAAUUUAUUUGGAUAUUAAAUUGCAUAAUGUUUUUAGAAGAAAUGUGGUGAAAUAGAAGCUGAUUAGAUCUAUUAAUCUUUCCUACAUUAAAAUGAUUAAACAAGAUGUGUGUAUCCAUGUGAUGAUGGAUAUUAUGGUAAUAGAGAAUUUCUUGAAUGUAAACCAUGUUAUUCUUCUUGUGCAACUUGUUUAGAUUAAUCUUAAAUUUGUACUUCUUGCAUUACUAUGUUAUUUUUAAAAGGAUCAACUUGCUUAACAACUUGUGGCAAAAACUUUAAAAACUUUAUGAAUUGGAUAUGUGAAUCAGAAUGUUCUUCAGGAUACACAAUAAAAGAUAAUAUAAACAAUAUAUAUGUUUGUGUUGAGGAAUGUGGAUAGUUAUAUGCAACUUAUUUAUACAAAUGGAAUUAAUAAUGUUAUGAAAAUAUUCCUAACAUAAAUGUCUUUUGCUUAAAUUAUGAAUGUGAAGAUUGUCAUUCUUCAUGUUAAUAAUGUUAAGGACCUACUAGUAAUGAUUGUCUAGUUUGUAAUUAAGAUUCUUAUUUACUUAAUAAUCAGUGUGUAAUUGAUUGUUAAAUGUUUAAAUAUGAUUAGAAAAAUUGGAAAUGUGUUGAAGAAUGUCCAAUAGAAUCCUUAUAAUCUUCUGGCAUUUCAUUAUUAUUAAAUAAAUCAAUAAUUGUUUGUGGAUUAACUUGUAAAUUUGAAACAUUUUAAUUUAGAAAUUAAUGUUAUGAUCAAUAACCUGAUGAAACAUUUUGUAUAUUUAGAACAGAUUAUUAUUUUUGUGAGUUAUGCUCUUCACUUUGUACUAAAUGUUCCUCCACUUCAUCAACAGAUUGUUAAGAAUGUAUUCCUACAGCAUUUUAAUAUGGUACUAGUUGUUUUAUGGAAUGUCCAGAAGAGGCACCACUAAAAAAUACAGAAAAUAAAUAAUGUGUUUAAUCAUGUUCAACAGCAUUUUCAGAAGAUGGUUAUUGUGUUGAAUAAUGUUAAAGUAUUUCAUUCAUUUAAAUAACCUAAAACGCCUGUUACACUGAUGGAUGUCCAAUUAGUACAUUUAAUUAAGCAGGUUCAAAAAUUUGUUAAGAUUGUUAUUUUGGAUGUGCUACUUGUUUUGGAAGUAGUUAGAAUGAAUGUUUAAGCUGUAUUCCAGGAUUCUUUCUAGAUUAAUAAAAUUCAUGUAGUGAUUCUUGCCAUAUAGAACCAAAUGUAAUUGAAGAUUGGAUCAAUGGAAGAUGUGUUUAAUUUUGUCCUCUAGAUUCUUUUUUAUAAUUAUUAAACAAUGGUCACUUUGCUUGUAAAGAAACUUGUCCAGAAUAUUAUUAUUCUAAUAUUUGUGUUUCACAUUGUCCAUCUUAGACUUAUUAAAAUGGAUAUGCUUGUAUUAGCUGUGCUGCCCCUUGUUCAAUUUGUUUUGGAAAUACUAUUAACUAAUGCAAUUAAUGUGAUACUGGAUAUUAUCUAUACUAAACAACUUGUUAUUCUGUAUGUCCAGAUGAAAAUCCUUAUGGAAAUAUUAUUGAUCAUACUUGUGUUCCAAUUUGUCCAGAUUUUCUAUAUUUACCUAAAAAGUUAUGCUUUAAUUUUUGUCCAUACUUUUUAUAUAGAUAUGAAAUUACAAAUUUAAAAUUAUGUGUUGAUGAAUGUCUUUCAAAAUCUUAUUUAUAAGAUCAAUAAUGUUUUGAAUGUGAUCCAAUUUGUACAGAAUGUUUUGGACCUGCUAAUGGAAAUUGUUUAUAAUGUGAACUUCCUUAUUUUCUUAAUGGAUAAACUUGUGAACUUAUUUGUCCAACAUUUUAUGAUUUAACAGACCAUAUCUGUAAAGCAGCUUGUCCUGUUAAUUUAGUAAUCUAAGAUUUAUACUGUUAACCUUAAUGUGAUUAAGAUUAUCUAUUAUAUGGAUAAAAUUGUAUAACUGAAUGUCCUUAAUUUACUUACUUAGAAAACAAUUCAUGUAAUGAUUGUAAUCUAUAUUGUUUAUCAUGUUUUGGGCCAACCAUUUCACAGUGCUACACUUGUAUAGAAGGAUUUUAUCUUAAUGGUCAAACUUGUUAGUAAAAAUGUGAUGAUUUUUAUAACUAAGAUGAAAAAAUUUGUAUUAAAAAUUGUGGGUCUAUGUUAAUAAUUAAAGAUCUUAAAUUCUGUGUUCAAUAAUGUCCUAUUGGUUACAUAACUUGUGAAUAAGAAUGUUUUAUCACAAUUAAGGAUGGAUUUUACUUAGAUAAUAACUUAUGCUAUAAAUGUGAUUCAAAAUGCACAAAAUGUACAUCAUCUCAUUCAUGCUCAGAAUGUUACUAAAACUUUUAUCUAGAAUUAGAUUCUUGUGUCAAUUUUUGUUAAAAUUAAUUUUUAUAUAUGGACCCUAUUUCUAGAAGUUGUGUUUCUAAAUGUCCAAUAGGUUUAUAUCAUUAAGAAUCAUUUAAUAAAAGAUUUUGUAUGUUUGAUUGUUCUCUUAAAUUGAAUGAUUAAUGUGUUUAAUCUUGUCCAACAGGCUUUUACAAUGAUUUUACAAUUUGUAAAUAAUGUCCUUUUGAAUGCUAUGAAUGCUACUCUAUAACAAAAUGUACAACAUGUAAGCCAGGCUUAUUUUUAGAAAAUAAUUGGUGCUAUCCCUAAUGUAAUAUUAAAAAAACUGAUAGAAAAAGUUUAAUUUGUGUUGAUCAAUGUGAUAGUAAUUUAUUUGAGUUCGAAAAUCAAUGUGUUGAAAUUUGUCCUUCUGAUCCAAUUUAUUUUCAUUAUAAUUCUAAAUGUGUUAAUACCUGUCCUACUUAAACAUUUUAAUCAGAACAAUCAUGUAUUGAUUGUCAUAUACAAUGUUCCUCUUGUUUUGGUGCAAAUUAUGAUUAAUGUUACUCAUGUUCUUUUGGUUACUAUUUAGAGGAUAAUCAAAUAUGUACUUAAACAUGUUCUCAUUUUUAUGAUCUUCUAAACUUAAAGUGUGUUCUAUAAUGUUAAAGUGAUCUAUUUUAGGAAGAAGAUAAAUGUGUGCAAAAAUGUAUUCACUUUGUAUAUAAAAAACAAUGUGUUGAUAUAUGUCCAUAUGAAACUUAUGAAUAAAAUUCUGAGUGUUUCAAUUGUCCAAAUAAUUGUUUGGAAUGCAAUUCUUUUGGUUGUAUUAAAUGUCAAGUGGGAACUUAUCUAAACGAUGGACUUUGUGAUUCCUAUUGUUUGAUUAUGUAUAAUGAUGUUAAGAAUGAAUGUGUAGAAAUUUGUACAAAUGAAGAAUAUUAAUAUAUAGAUCAUUGUUAUUCUGAAUGUCCAAUAAAUACUUUAUAAUAUAAAUAAAACUGCUUAUUAAAUUGUCCUUAAAAAACAGUUUAAUUUUAAAAUCUGUGUUUUAAUUGUCCUGAAAGAUGUGAUAUUUGUUUAAAUGAAUAUGAAUGCUUGAAAUGCAACUCUUUGUAUUUUCUUUUUGAAGGAUCUUGUGUAUUAAAAUGUCCUUUAUCAUUACCAUAUGAAGAUACUGUAAAUUCUAUUUGUUCAUAUGAUUGUCCACCUAAUACAUUUACUAAAAAACAUACUUGCGUACUUACAUGUGAUUUAAUUAUUCAUUAAAAAAUGUGCUUAGAUUAAUGUCCAAAGGGAUAUUAUGAAAAUAUCAUAUGUAAACCUUGUAAAUUAGAGUGUCUAGCUUGUAAUGAUUUUGACUAUUGUACAGAAUGCAAUAUUAAUUAUUAUUUAGAAGAUAAUUAAUGUGACAUGUAAUGUACAAAAAUUAAAGAUUUGAAAACAAAAUAAUGUGUUGAAACUUGCAAUUAAUUUUUAUACUAAAAUAUUUGUUAUGAAUAAUGUCCAAAAAUGACAUUUGAGUUUAAAUCUAUAUGUAUUUUAUAAUGUCCUGAUGGUUUUUAUGGUUCAACAAAUUUCAUAUGUGAAUAAUGUCCAUUUUAAUGUCUUUAAUGUUCAUCUUAAAAUAAAUGUGAAUAAUGUAAGAUAGGAUAUUUUCUAUUUUAAAAUUUUUGUUUGGAAAUAUGUCCAUAUAAUACUUUUUCAAAUUCUCUUACAAAUUAAUGUUCAAAUAUAUGUCCACCUAAAACAUAUACUUACUAAAAUGAAUGUUUAUUUUAAUGUCCAAAUGAAUAUAUACAUGAUAUUAAGAAUUAUUAAUGUGUUUUAAAAUGUGAAGAUUAAUAAUAUUUAGAUGAUAAUAAAUGUUUACCUUGUUCAAUAGAAUGCAAUAGAUGUUAUAAUUAUGGGAAUAAUAAUUGUAUUGAAUGCGCACUUUAAUUCAAUUUAAAUGAAAAAGGAUUUUGUUAAGGGGAAUGUUCUUAAGGUUAUUAUUUGAAUGAAUAAUAAUGUGAAAAAUGUCCAUAUAAAUGUUUAACUUGUAAAAAUUAAACAUAAUGUUUAAUGUGUAGAGGAACUAAUCGAAAUCCAAUUGAUUGUUCAUGUUAAAAAGGUUAUUAUGAUGAUGAAUUUUAUGAGAAUUGUCAGUAAUGUCCAUGUGAAGAAUGCAUUUCAAAUUAAAAUUGUUUGGUUUGCAAAAAUAAUCUUUAGAUUCCUAAAUGUAAUUGUGAUAGAAAACUAAAUGAUGAUUGGUGCAUUACAUGUUAAGUAGCAAAGGUUAAAAUAUAAUAUUCAGAUGAUCUUAAUUAAAUAGUUGUUUAUUUUGGAUAUUUAAUAUCAGUCAAUUUAAUCAACCCUUUUUAACCUUCAGAUUGUUCACUAUGGUUUGAUAAUUCAAAUUUCUUUGGUCAAAAUUCAAAAUGUUACUUAUCAUGGGAUAGAUUUUCUGUUCACAUUUAAUUAUCCCCAUAUUCAACUAUUAAAGUAGGUGAUUAAUUAGAUUUUCGAUAAUACUUUUAUAGAGAUGUCGAUUAAGGAGUUUGUGAAUAAGAAUAUUUAAAAGAAUUCAUAGAAAAUAAAUUAUAUCCACCUAAUAGAUUUAUUAAACCAUAUAUUUUAUUUAAUAUUCCAUAAUAUGUUACUACUUGUAAAUAAAUUGAAAUUAGAUAAAUUCUAAAUGAAGGAACAGGUUAAAAACUAUAAACAAUAAUUGAUUGGCAAUUACAUGAAAUAGAAAACGAAAAUACAUAUUUAAAUAUGGAUUCUUUAUUAGCAGACUCAAAGAAUGAAAUCAUUAUACCUAUGUCAGCUUUAUAACCUAAUACAAAAUAUACAAUUACAGCAAAAUAUAUCAAUAUGUUUUAACGAGUUAAUUAUACAACAUUUUAAUUUAAUACUCUUCCUAUCCAAACCCCUUAUGUUUAUCUUACUUAUAAUCCUUUGAUUGUAAAUAUUUAUGUAUUUGAUUGCCAUAUAACCUUCGCUGAUUUAUUUAGUGAAUCAAAUAUUUAAAUAUCAAUAACAAAUUCAUAAAUAUCAGAUCUACAAUACAUUUCUUUUACUUAAUCAAUAAGUACAUAACGUAAGAUUCCUUUAAAUGAAAGUCUGUUACCAAAAGAAUAACCUUUAAUUUUUACUGCAUUAACAUAAAGUUUUAUCAUCAAAGAAAUCAUAAUCAUAUAAUCAAAACCAAUUGAAAUAUCAUUUCUAUAAAAAAAUAGAUUUAUUGGUUAAGAAGAUUAAAUUAAUGCAAGAGCUUAUGAUAAAAAUAUUGAAGAUUAAAUAUUAAGUACUAAAAAUAUUGAUUAUUAAUGGUUAUGCAAUAACUUACAUGAUCUUCAACCAUGCAAAACAUAAGAAAAUAAAAUAAUUGAGUUUCCAACUAGAAGAAUUGUACAUAUUUAACCUGAAUCUCAAAAUUCAACUUUUAUCUUUUAUGUUAGAGCUUCUAAAGAUAAGAGAUGGAGUGUUAGAGAAUAAAUUAUUGUAUUGUUAGAUUUAAAUAUCUAAGAAGAAUUCGUAAUCAAUACUAAUUAACCAAAAGAUUUUAUUAAUUUUAAUAGUGAAAUUACGAUUUUAUUAAAGAAAUCUCAAAAAUAUGCAUUUGUAAUCUAAAACCAUAAAGUUCUUUAUUCUAUUAAAAUUUUAAAUAAUUCAUUAAAAUUUAGAUUAGUUGAAAUUACAAAUGAUUCUGUAAAUCCAGUUUACAUUUAUUUAAUUCCUGGAACUGACUCACUUGCAUUUAAAAUAUAGAAAUUAUCUAACAAUUAUAAAUUUACUGUUGAACCUAAAGUUGGUAAAGCAUUAGAUUAUUUUAACUAUACUAUUGAAAAUUUAAUUAAUAAUCAGACUAUUAGUAUAUUUUAUUAUUUUGAAUAUGAAACUUGUAAAAAAGAUUUAAAUGAUAAGUCUGUUUUGAAUGGUAUACCUUUAAUUAUUAAAUCAUAAAUCACAUUUGGCUAAUUUUAAUUACCAAGUGGAAUUUCUAAUCAUCCAAUUUAGCUUGUUUGCUAAGUUGAAUCUAAUGAAGGCGCAUUAUUAUUUCUAUAAAAAGAAAUUGUUGUAGAAAGAAGAUUCUAUCAAAUGCAAACCUUUUUAGAAAACAUUAACAAUUAAGUUAACUUUUCAAAUUUAUAAAGUUUACAUACCAUGAUCACUCUUAUUAAUUCUGAAGAUAAAUAAGCUUGUUUAAAAUAAUGUUCUGGAGUAGGUAUUUGUGUAAAUUAAAAAUGUUAAUGUCCACCAGGUUAUUAUUUUAAUGAUUGCAGUGGAAAUUAAGUUUAAAAAGAGAAUUUUAAUGAUUUAAUUUUAAAAAUCAUUAAAACAUUAAUUUAAUAAGAAGUUACAAAUAAUGAUGAGUUUAAAUUAUAUAGUUAAGCAAUUCUUUAAUUCUAAUAAUAUACAGAAAUAAUAUCAAAAAUAAGCAUUGAUGAAUGUUAAAAAGUUUUAAUGGUUUAUAUCUCAAAUAUAAAUCAAAGAAUGGAGUAGAUCAAUUAAUAUUCAAUAAAUAUGUAAUAUUAUUAAACAAAUGAAUUUUAAUAUUCUUAAAUAGAUACAAGAUAAAUUUUAAACAUAAUGGAUCUAAAAAAUGCAAUUCUAAGUACUGAAUUUAUUUGGAAUAAAGCUAUUUCUAUUUAAAAUGCUAGCAUUUAUCAAUUAAUGUACAAUUUAAAUAAUUUCUUCAUUAAUAUUAUUGAUUUAUCUUUUCUUGGAAUAUUGCCAAAUCAAGUAAUUGAGAUUUCUAUGAAUACUUUAAGUUUGAUUAUUUAAAGAACAAACAAUUUAUCAGUUUUAAAUACUCAUAGAUUGCUUUAAUAAGAAGUUAGUUCAGAUUAUUAUGAUAUUGUAUAAGCACUAUACAUUAUUAACUAUUACUCUUAUGAUGGUUACUUUCCUUAUCCAUAUCAAAAAUAUCCUCUCUAUGAUUACAAAAUUAAGUAAUAAAAUAGAUAUUAAAAUUUUUAACUUUAGAAACCUAUCCAUUAUAAAUUUGUAAUAUAAAAUGAUACGAGUAAUUUAGUUUGUAUAAGUCGAAAUUCUGAGACUUAUGAAUGGACAUCAAAAAAUUGUUAUUUGUCGAUAGUUAAUAGUUCAUAUUUUUGUAUUUGUAAAAUGAUCGAACCUGUUACUAUAUGUGAUGAUUAUUAAUAUAUCUACUCAGGGGAACCUCCUUUUUAUUUGAAAUUGCCUAAUUUUGUUUUAAUCGUUUAUUUGCUUUAACUUAUUUUAUUGACUUUUGUAAGUUGCAAAUCUAAAUAUUAAAAUCCAAAAUAAAUAGUGAAAUCUAAUAAGUAUGGAAAAGUCUUUAAAUUAAAUAAAAUUGAAACAGUACAAAUGAUGAUUUAUAAUAAUAUACCUUCUCCUAUCAAUUCUUAAAGAAUUUAUCCUGAAAAUGAUUGUAUAAAAGAAACCGUACAGUAAAGUAAUUUGCAAGAGAAAAAUAAAUUUUAGCUCAAUUAUUUUUGGGUAAUUGAUUUUCCUAAUAUAGAAUUAUCAUUAUCUGACCGCAAUAAUCUUUAAGAAAAAGUUUUAUUUUAGUAGUUUUUAGAAUGUUUAAUUCAUAUUGUUAAAAUGGAAUAUCUGUUUUAUUUUAGGGGAAAUUCUUACUAUCUAUUAUAUGUAAUAUGACUUUUAAAUAUAUAUUUUAUUGGUUUCGAUAUUUAUUAAUAGAAUGAACUAAGAAUUUUGGAAGGUAAGAUAUGUUAAUUAAGUUUUAGAAAUAAUUUAAAUAUUACGAAUAUAUGAAAUCCAUUUUGAUUUUAUCAUUAACAAAAAUAAUGUUGGUAAUUGUUACAAUAAGUAGUUUUAUUAUAGGCGGAUAUUUGUAUUUUUGGAUAAAUAAUUAAACUAAUUUGGUAUAUUUUAUAAUUAUUCUUUAGAUACUUUCCUAUUCAAUUUCAAAUCUUAUUGAUUUAUUAUUUUUAGAUAUCAUUUUAUUUUUAGCCAACAAGUAUUUGGGAUAGACAAGAAAAAAACUAAUAAAGAAAAAAAUAAAAGAAUUUAAAACAGCUUUAUAAGGGAUUAAGCGAUAACAAAAUUGA